UUCAUUUUCAGAUCUGGGUCCUCGGAUUAUCUCGUGGGGAAUAAGAAAGUUUUGACCUUUAUGAGUUGAUUGAUGAUUCUGUGUUGUGAUUCGAGAAAAUUGAUGAACUGAUGGAGUGAUUGAUUCUGGUUUUCUUUUCUUAGCGGGGGCAGUACUAGAUUUCCUGGUUUUUUCCCUUCAUUUUUUAAAAUUUUGAGUUUGUUUUAGCAAAAAAAAAAAAACGGUUCUUUUGAUCUUCCAUGAGUCGCUAGAUACAUGAUGAUGAUGAUCAGAAAACAAAGAACAAAAAGUGAAAGCUUUCGUCCAUCCAUGGAGGAUCUGCCUCCUGGGUAUCGUCCCAAUGUUGGUGUCUGCUUGAUAAACUCCGAUAACCUGGUGUUCGUUGCUUCAAGAUUGAAUGUUCCUGGAGCAUGGCAGAUGCCACAGGGAGGGAUUGAAGAUGGAGAGGAUCCCAAAUCAGCAGCCAUGAGAGAGUUAAAGGAAGAAACCGGUAUUGUCUCUGCCGAAAUCAUAGCAGAGGUUCCUAAAUGGUUGACGUAUGAUUUCCCACCUGCGGUGAAAGCGAAGGUGAACCGUCUCUGGGGCGGUGAAUGGCACGGCCAGGCCCAGAAAUGGUUUCUGAUGAGGUUGAAGGAGGACGAGGACGAGAGCGAGAUCAACCUAGCGAACAACGAGGCGGAUUCGGAGUUUGCGGAGUGGAAAUGGGCAAACCCCGACGAAGUGAUCGAGCAAGCCGUUGAUUACAAGAGGCCUACUUACCACGAAGUUAUCACAACGUUCGCUCCCUUCUUGAACGACGUCGGAAGAGCUGCUAAAUGCAAAUCUGCCAAAUGGUAAAGGAAAAAAAACAUUGUAUGUCUUUUUUUUUGGUCCUGUAAAUGGUUACAUUUGUAGAAGGCUUUCGGUUUGGUUUUUGGGGUAUUGUAAUAAAAAAAAUAUUUUUUAUUUCGGAGAAAGCUACGUAUAUGUUACAA